AUGCUUAUUGACAAAGGCGUAGACUUCCCGAAAAAAUUCAAAAAAUUCGUUAAAUCCUGCAAACCGUGCUACAUCUUGCUAUGCACGAGAAGAAGCGAAUACCGCACUUGGAAGAGGAUAGCAGGCUUCAUAUAUGGCUUCCUGUUGGGUAUAGCAUUCCAUUAUCUAAUUCUGGUAGAUUUGGAUUUCACCGAAGACGCCGCAUUUUUUGUUGGAACUUUUAUUUGUUUAUUGUUGGCGUUUGGAUGUGCUUUUUCAGCGCAAAUUCGAUGUAUUAUAUUAUUGACAUUCCCCAACUUUGGGGGCAAAGUGGGAAGAGGCGUUUUAAAAGCAAUUGUGUUGGCUGUUUUAAUAUCCGGUCCUAUAGAAAACCUUACCGAUAACGGUAAAGAGGUGGUAAGGGUGUUUGCCUGUACGACUGCUUUAACUUUUAAUUUAACAAAAACAAGAAUUAAAUUAAUGUUCAAACCGUUUGCUGAUGCUAUAAAGUCAAUGAAAACGGAUGUAAGUGAGAUUAAAGAUACUGUAAGAUCCAUUAAAGAUAUGUCGGCUCCCGUAGUAGGGGAAGUAGAGGAUGAAGAAGAAAUGAAAAAGAUUAAAGAAGAGAAUGAUUACCUUGAUGAAAUAAUGGGCGAUACUAAAAGGUCCAAAAUAAUAGAAGAAAAGUUAAAAGAAGCACCUAAUCAUACUAAUAAAGGGGAAGUCGUGGAAGCAGAAAGGAUACAAACAUUGUAUGCUAAGAAAAUUGAGAUGAAGUGUGAGGAUCAGUUUACAAGAGCUGCGAUGAAGUGUAGAACCGUUUUUGCUAAAGGGUACGAUUCCUGCUACGACACGGUAACGUGGUUGGCCGCUUGGAUUCUGUGUUGGCCGAUGAAGUUGGACUUUAUUUGCAACAUUGUAGAGUCUCUAGGGGGAGCAGGAAAAUGCGAUCCAUCGAAAUACAUUGGAUCUGGGUUUGGAGAGGGGUACAAGUAUUUAAAGGAUUCCCGAAAAACAUUUUCCGACAACUUUAAAAACGUUCGACUGCAGUUUAAAGUAAUGAAGUUGCCGAAAGUCAAAGAGCUGCUUGAUGCUAAAGAAGCCGCUAAAGCGGUAUUGCAUGAUGUGAUUUUGAAAAAGGAGAUCAUAAUGGGAAUUUUGGUUGUAAUGAAAAGGCUUUUAGCAUUUUUAUUUUUAAGAGUACUUUUAAAUUGUCAAAAGUACCAUGAUAAAUACCUUCGGGAUAUCGAGUAUGAUAAUCAAUAUAUUUCAAAAUACUUCCGUAAAAUAGAUUAUAGACGUCGUAUACAGGAAAAACACACAUUACUUCCAUUAAAGAAAAUUGAAAGAAUAAAAUUGGUAGACCCUUGGGCUCGAAGACCUCUAAAAAAUGAAAAAGAAGAAAUAAUAAGGUCCACAAUAACGUUGUUAAUAGAAAUGAUAACGGCAACAACAUUUGUUUUAUUGGAUAGACUUUUUUAUGAGGCUCUCGAUUUAGUUAGAAGACAUGCUAAAAUAGAUUAUGUCCAAACAGGAAAACAUGAUCUGAAAUUAGAAAUCAAAGGUAGGUAA